UCAGGGAAAAAAAGAAGGAAAAACAGGCGGGGAAGAAGAGCCGUGACCUUCCUUCUUUCCUCUCUCUCUCUCUCUCUCUCUCUCUCUCUCUCUCUCUCUCUCUCUUUCGUCUCUGAGCUCAGCCCCGUGCCAGCCUCCUCCUCCUCUUCCUCCUCCUCCUCCUCUGCUCCCCUCAACCUCCUGCGCCCGGCACCCAAGAAACACUGGGGACCACUUUCUAGAUGCUGUUUGGGAGCUUUGGAUCUCCGGUUUCGGAUUGCCUCUGGGGACUUUGCUAAUCCGUCCGUCAGGCGUCCCCUUCUCCGUCUCUCUUCUCUGCCUUCCACCCCCCAAAGAACCUCUUCAGUUCAUCUCUUUCCCACUACCACCGUUGCCUAUCUUUGCCUUGAGGAAAGCCCAGGAUGGGGGUCGGUGGGUGCUUAGUUCUGCCCUGGCGGUGCCUGGUCGUCCUGUCUCUCAGGCUCCUCUUCCUUGUGCCCGCAGGAGUGCCAGUGCGCAGCGGAGAUGCCACCUUCCCUAAGGCGAUGGACAACGUGACCGUCAAGCAAGGAGAGAGCGCCACCCUCAGGUGUACCGUGGAUGACAGGGUGACGCGAGUAGCUUGGCUGAACCGCAGCACUAUCCUUUAUGCUGGAAAUGAUAAGUGGUCAAUAGAUGAUCGGGUGGUUAUCCUCACGAACACCAAAACCCAGUACAGUAUCAAGAUCCAUAACGUGGACAUAUAUGACGAAGGCCCUUACACCUGCUCUGUACAAACAGACAAUCAUCCAAAGACAUCACGAGUCCAUCUUAUUGUGCAAGUUCCUCCACAGAUUAUAAACAUCACAUCAGACAUCACCGUCAACGAAGGCAGCAGUGUCACCCUUUUGUGCUUGGCCUUUGGGAGACCAGAACCAACAGUCACAUGGAAGCACCUGUCUGGCAGCAAAGGUCAGGGAUUUAUGAGCGAUGAUGAGUACUUAGAGAUCACGGGGAUCACCAGGGACCAAUCUGGGGAGUAUGAAUGCAGCGCUGUUAAUGAUGUCGCCGCACCUGACAUCCGGAGAGUCAAAGUCACCGUAAACUAUCCUCCGUCCAUCUCCAAUGCCAGGAACACAGGCGUCUCAGUUGGCCAGAGGGGGACCCUGCGCUGCGAAGCCUCAGCUGUCCCUGUAGCGGAAUUUCAGUGGUUUAAAGAAGAAACCAGAUUAGCCAAUGGGCUGGAUGGCGUGAGAAUUGAGAACAAAGGCCGGAUGUCCACACUAACCUUCUUCAAUGUAUCAGAGAAGGAUUAUGGCAACUACACCUGUGUGGCCAUCAACAAGCUGGGAAACACCAAUGCCAGUAUAAUCCUGUAUGAGAUAAGUGAAUCUCCACCACUAGCAGGCCCAGGAGCAGUCCAUGAUGGCAACAAUGCAGCUUCCAGGGCGAUGGCUUGCCUCUGGCUAUCAGGCACCCUCUUUGCUCAUUUCCUCCUCAAGUUUUGAUAAGAAAAGCAAGGGUCCUUGCAGAUGACGCCUGGCUUCUCCCACACCACAGACUUUUAACCAUCCACACUGCUGGGGGGUGGGAGGGGGUUAAGAAACAGCAACAGCCGUCUACAGCUUGAACAUACUGCCGGAAGGGCAAGGGGAGGGGGAGGACCAGCUGGGUUCCAGGUCAAGCACCCAUUCGGGAUCGGCCAAACAUAGGCAUUUCCCAAAAGCAGAAUUAGUUUUCAUUUUCCUUCCCUUCGACCCCGCCAACCUUCAAAAAUACCCUAUUUAUACAUUAAAAAGAAAAAGAAAACAUGUCAACCUCUCUCAUUUUACCGUCCUCAGUGGAGCCCACCCCAAAAAUUGCCCCAGGAGAAUGAGACCUCUUGGUCCUGAGAGACGAUGCACAACAGGAAGUCGGGGGGGGGGGGAAGCAAGUCAAAAAGUGUCCUAUUAUCUCUGUGUCUCUUGAGCAAAAGGAUUGUUCUUUCUACUUGUAACACUGUACAUACCUGUUCAUGUUUCUAAGUGUCCGAUUACACUCUGGUUUCAACUCGC